AAUUUCAGUCAUAAAAGUGAACGAGAUCAGACAAAAGUUGCGUUAUUAGGUUACCUACACUUGUAUUAUUUAUUUAUGUAAAUGAGUGUAAUUUAAAAAAUGAGACGCAAUUAUUAUAUUGUUGGUUUUGACAUUGGCAAUUGAUAACACCAAUUUAAGCAAAAUUUAUUAUGUAGAUUAUGACCUAAAACCAUUAAUGCAAUAUGCACUUUCAAUGCAGGUUAUAUAAGAAAAUUAUCGAUUUUCUCUCCCAAAAAUAAAGACAGUGACAAAACUGGCUUCUUGGAAUCCUCCGGUUGUUGCCAUGGUACCUAGUUACCUACUUCUUCAUUACCUCUGCAUAGAUAAUAUUCCUCAGUUGAAAAUCUCAGUCGGUCAUGUCAACAACUUUAAAAAUUCGAAAAUGUUGUACCAAACGUUUAUUUUUAUCAUUGUGGUCCAUCUAACUCAUCAACAAUCACCAAAGACCAUUGUCGAAACCACAACCGGAGUCCCUUUUGUCCUAAACCCGGACCAGCAGCCCGCCAACCGUGCCACCUUUUUCGAAUGGCUGUGGAGCCUUCUCGGAUUUGGGAGUUCCCCAAACCCGAUCCCUGACAUCGUCCAACCCGCGGAAAAUUGCCCCAAGUGCACCUGUGGCUUGACGUACAAAAAUAAGAGAAUAGUCGGAGGUGUCGAAACUUUAAUUAACGAAUAUCCAUGGAUGACCGCCUUGACAUACAACAAUCGUUUUUAUUGCGGGGCUUCUGUUAUCAACAGUAAAUAUUUGAUAACAGCCGCACAUUGUGUCAAUGGGUUUUCCAAAGACCGUCUCGCUGCUGUUUUCCUCGACCAUGACCGAUCGAACUAUUUCGAAACUCAAACUUUUACAAGAACUAUAAGUAGAGUCUUCCGGCAUCGCUAUUAUGGCUCUGGAGGGACGUACAACAACGAUAUCGCUAUCCUCAAACUUGAGAAAGAACUCAAUAUCACGGGGUUACUCAAGCCUGUGUGUCUUCCACCGACUGGGAAGAGUUUCACCGGACAUAAAGGAAUUGCCAUCGGUUGGGGCGCCACACACUCUCACGGACAAGUCUCAAACACUCUACGUGAAGUGGAGGUACCGAUUAUGUCCAAUAUUGAAUGCAGAAGAACUGGUUAUGGAAAUAAAAUUACCGAUAAUAUGAUGUGUGCAGGUUAUCCAAACGGAAUGAAGGAUUCUUGUCAGGGGGAUAGUGGGGGGCCACUGCAUGUCGUCAACGGCACCAACCACCAAAUUGUCGGAAUUGUGUCGUGGGGUGAGGGAUGUGCCCAAGCUAACUACCCCGGAGUUUACACUAGAGUUAACAGGUUUAUAUCCUGGAUACGAAGUAACACUCGUGACGCUUGCUAUUGUGACGACUAAUUUAUUGCCUACUCGUACAUAUUUUUAUUAAAUUAAUUGAAAAGCCAAAA